UAUUUGGGCGAAGCAAAUUAGUCCUUAUCGACAACUUCCUAUCGGAUCAGCUGAGCCUUUGUUUACAUAUGACCAACCGCCACGCGCUCACAGAUCGUCAGAGACAGGACAGAGUAGGCGAGGGCACUGAGGAGUGGACGGUUUAUUUACCCAAUAUAAUAAAAAACCGGAGUUUGUGCAGCAGCAGUUCCAGUUCUGAAACAAAUGUGACCUUCACAGACGCAGUACUUACUGCAGAUGAUAUAUGGUGUGAGCAUCCACAGCAGAUGGGAUAUGUGGAAUUCCUUGAAAGCAUGAAUAAGUUAGACUUCCUCAAGCACCUGCGUGUUACCAGAACAUCUUUUGGCAAGAUUUUGUACGAAAUAAAUGUCCAGUUAGGAGAGAAACCUCGAGGACGAGAUCUUCCACAUGGAACCAAAUUAGCUCUCUGGCUCACUCUUUGGUACUUAGGUAGCCAAAUAACUUACCGUGAGAUAGGUAAAAAAAUUGGAAUUUCAGAAGGUACUGUUCAUUUAUGUGUACAAAGAGUAAUAGAUGCUCUAGUUAAUAUUCGAACAAAAUACAUAGCAUGGCCAUCAGAGGAACACUGUAGGACUAUAGAAGAGGAAUUUAGAAAGUUUGCUGGUUUUAGAGGUGUGGUUGGAGCAGUAGAUGAGUGUCAUGUCAGGAUUAAAGCUCCAUCCUUGCAACAGAGUGAUUACCUCAACCGAAAGUUUGAGCACUCUGUAAAUGUAUUAGCUGUUGCUUCAGCAAAUUUAAAGUUUAUUUAUGUGUAUGCAGGAUUUCCUGGCAGAGCACAUGAUAGUAGAGUGCUGCAGAAUACACCUUUUUAUAUGGAUAUUAUGAAUGGACAGGAACAGAAGUAUUUUCCAUCUGAACAAUACCACAUAUUAGGGGAUUCAGCCUUUCCGUUGCACACACAUUUGCUAGUGCCAUUCAAAACUGUUGGUAAUGUUUUACAGUCUCAUCAGCAAAAGUACAAUCAAAUUCAUUCAAAAACUAGGGUUGUUAUAGAAAACGCUUUUGGAUUCUUAAAAGGAAAGAUUUAGACGACAAACACAUCGAUGCAGACAUAGAAAGAGUCACCUAUAUAAUCAUAGCCUGUUGUGUUUUACAUAAUAUAACUAUUGAUAAUGCACUUGAGCGUCAACUUCUUGAGAAUGAAGGAUUAGCAAAUUAAAAUAUCUUAGCUGAAGAAAAUGUACCUGUAGAAAUUGUGGGAAACAUAUCAAGUGCUACCAAAAGGGAAGGGAUUGCACAUAAUUUGUAAAUGUAAAGUGAUAAUACUAUUUAGUGAAAAUGAUUUUUUUAUGUAUAAUGUGUUUAUGUGUAAUGUGAUAGUGCCUUUGUAAAUGAAAUAUUAAAUGUAUGUGUAUAUAAUUUGUGUCAAUAUAUUAGUGC